CACACACAAACCUCCUCCUUCACCUCCCCCUCCUCCUUCACACAACAACAUCCACUCGUUCUCCCCACACCACCUUCCCCUUCAAAUACCACCUUCGUUUCCACGACUCCACCACUCUUCACGAACACCCACGAUACAAACGACAACGAAAAUGCAGUUUCUCCGCACCACCCUCCUCGCCGUUUCGGCUCUCCUCUUCACUACUGCCGUCUGCCUUCCCGCCGGCGGUGACAAGGCCUCGCUCUCCGUCAGCCCCGCUGACCAUGCGGCGCGCUCCGUUUUCACGCACCCGACUUCCCCACCCUCGGUUGUGGCAACGAUCUUCGACGACGAGUUGGCGUUCUCUGACGCCUCGCUCGCGGACAGCAUCUCGCCGCUCACGGCGUCGGCGGCAGUGCCGUACGCGUUCAUCAAGUGCGAGACGAACGGCGGCUCGCCCUUGUCGAAGCACGUGCAGGUGGCGGCGAACAAGAUGAAGCUCUCGCUGGGGAAGAGCACGCUGUGCGUGCAGAGCAACCCCGGAGGAGGAGGAAACGGCUGCGACCACGAAAUGACACACCAAUCCGCCCGCAUCCAGCUCUGCGGAACGUUCUGGUGGGGCAUGGCUUGUAAGGCGCUUGCGAGGGCCGCUGAAGAGGUCAUCUAUGCUUGCUCCAGGAGGGGCGAGGAUGGGCAGACCAGGGCCGAGGGUGUCUUCAUCUUUGAUGCGAAGUUGAGGGCUGUUAUCACUAACGCUUGAGGCGCUGGAGGGGAUGCGGAGAGGACGCUGGUAGAACUGGUCGAACUGCUGGAACGGGUGGAUAGGAAGGGUACUGGGGGUUAUGCCUGCUUCAUCUAGUUAUGCCAUCUGCUCAAUUGAUUACUCUUCUUCCGUCAUAUGCUCUCUUACACAAGGACUUGCU